AAUUGGCAGCGAUUGCAAAACAUUCGACUCAAAACAAAAUAAAUUUUUAUCCUUCCCUUUUGAGCAUGUUCAUUAAUUUUAUAUAAAUCCUGUUUUAGCUUGGAGGCACAAAAAUCUGUAAUAUAGUUCAGUAUGUUGAGUAGCUAUGUGGUAAACCAACAGAAAAUUAUUUUUAUCAGAGAUCAGUUAGGAAUCGAAAACACAUCCUGCAAAAUCGUAACCAGAUGGCUAAAGGAACAGAAAGGUAACGAUGCCGUUCUAAGCACCGUCGAAUCUCUGACAGAACAAACUGCAUUUCUGUUUGCGCGCAUAUCCAAGCUAUCCAGGACAUACGAACCUUCCGAGAUGUUUCGUUUUGUCGCCGGCUGCAGAAAAAACAAUUCGAUUCAACAUCUGUUUCUGUGGGCCACUGAAAAGAACAUCCAGCCGAGCUUUCUUGUACCCUAUCUGGAACACAUGUCCGAUCUGAUAGUGACCAUCGAGGAUGACAAGCAUCUGUCGAUAUUGACGAAAAAGCAGGGAGGUUCUAUUAGCAACAAAUUUUACCAAUAUCAGCUUCUGAACGGAAGUUUCUCGGUGAAAGAAUCAAAGAAACCGGAUCGGACGAACGCUGUCUCAAUAGUUGAUGAAAGACCUGCUAGCAUUGAUCCUGCCUCGCUCGGUACGUUCAAGAUUGGUGAUCUGAAGAAAGAGGAACAGGAGGCGAAAGAUUCUCUCACGUUGCCGUUCGAGUUCUACAAAACAACAUCCGAAGGAGGUAAGGUUCUGUAUCAUCCGGAUGCUGCGGAUGACUUGGACGAGGAAGAUCCCGAUGAUGAUUUGUUGAUAUGAAACAGAUUUUGUUUUUUUUUUAUUGAAAAUACAUUAUAUUUCUCU